AUGGCAUCAUCUUCUAGUAAUACUGUAUCCUUAGAAGAACGUCAAAAGCAACUUAAUCGUGAGCGCCAAAAACGGUUUAGAAAUAAGAAUAGAGAAACUAUUUCACACUUAUUUGAUGAUGUUUUUGAAGAACUUGAAUACUUAUUUAAUACUGAAGUUCCUAUAGUUGUAGUUGAAUCUAUUGAAACUUCUGCUAUAGAUACUGAUUCCGGUUCUGAUUCUGAUGAUCUCUUGCCUUUACCUAAUACUAAAGUUCCUACAAUUACUAAUCUUGAGUUUAUUAAUACUCAAAGUAAUCAGAGUUCUCGCCAUGAUAAAACUAAACAUCAUGAUAUAGGUAGAAUAAAUCAAACCUGUCGACAUUGUAAAGCUAAAUUUUGGAUAACUGAAAAAAAUCAAAAUAGUAGAAUUGCUGCUUCAAAAUUUUCUCUUUGUUGUGCUAAUAACAAAGUGCAAUUACCACCUUUACUUGAACCUCCACCUUAUUUACUAAAUCUUUAUACUUUGACUAAUCCAGAUGCAGUUGAGUUUCGUAAUUAUACUAGAGCAAAUUUUCGAAUUCAUGGUCAAGUCUAUCAUUUAAUUGGAUCAUUAUUACCAAAUGAAGGUCACACACUAGCAUUUGCUCAACUAUAUAUUUAUGAUACUGCAAAUGAAAUUACAAAUCGUCAAAAUGCAAUGCAAAAAUUAAAUGAAAAUAUUUUACAAAGUUUACAGAAUAUGCUAGAUAUCUGCAACCCAUAUAUUCAAAAUUUUUGGCAAGUAAGAAAUAUUAUACAUAAUAAUGUAACUACUGAAAUUUCAAUGAUAAUUCAUGGUGAUAGAAAUCAAGAUAUUCGUCAUUAUAAUGCUCCAACAGCUUCUGAUGUAGCUGCAAUAAUGGUAGGUGAUGGAUAUAAGAUAAAUCCAACAAGUCGAAAUAUUCUUCUUAGAACACGUGAUGGAAAUUUGUAG